AUGCUGUCCUCAUGCCCAUUGGAUGUGGCAGGAGGCGCUGCUGUAGACGACAAGCAGCUUGGGCUUCUGGGAGUGAGGCCAGUGAAUGGAAGCCAGCAGUCCAACCGUUGCAGCAUGCCACGUGGCAACUUGCCUUCCUCCCCGCGUGCCACCUGCAGUCCCCCCUCACCACCCCCUGCCACAUGCCUUGCCCGUCCCAAUCGGGCCACCGUUGCUGCCAGUGGUGCUCUUGGUACCGCCACUGCUACCGUUGCUGUUGCCAGUGUUGCGUCUGUCGACAUUGCAACUGCCAGCAUUGCAAGCGCCAUGGGAGCUGCUUCUGGAGCUGGUGCCGGGCCUUGGGUGCACGCCAGUGCCCGAGAUGCUGCUUGUGCUGCUGCUGGCAGGCAUGCCGUGACAGGAGCAAGUGUCGUGGAGAAUGGUGGGGAUGCUGAUACGUACGCCAAUGCAGUCGAUGGUGAUGCUCCUCCUGACGCUGCUCUUCAUACGGCUCCAGAUGUGCAUGCAUCAGUGCAUGCUGCGAGUCUCAAGACACACUCUCCGUCUGACCCUCUGGUGAGUGUGAUAGCAGAUGAGGCGGGGGCAGAUGAGGGAGAGGAUGAUGAGGGAGAGGAUGAUGAGGGAGAGGAGAAAGACGAAGAAGGGGAGGAGGAAGCAGAAGGGGAAGAGGAAGGGGAAGAGGAAGAAGAAGAAGCAGGAAGAGAGGAGGAGGGUGGGUCCGAUCGUGCAGCAGUGGUGGGGCCUGGGGCAGAGAGGAGCGGGACAGCAGCAGCAGGGGAGUGCAGUGGGGGAGGGGAGGCCAACGUGAGGCGGCUGGAAGCUGCCUCUAUCAGCCAUGCGGGUGGUGUGAGCUCAACCCUCACUUCCAACACACAGGCUGUGCCUGUGUCAUCACGGGGACCGGUGCCAUCACAGGGGGCGGUGCCAUCACAGGGGGCGGUGCCAUCACAGGGGGCGGUGCCAUCACAGGGGGCGGUGCCAUCACAGGGGGCGGUGCCAUCACAGGGGGCGGUGCCAUCACAGGGGGCGGUGCCAUCACAGGGGGGCGAUGAUGCUGGUGCAGCAGGAGUGGAUGGGGGAGAGGAUGUGCCGUCAGCAGGCGCGGAUGGGGAGGCGUUGGUGGGAGAGGGGCGCGAGGGGGAGAGAAUGCAAGGGGAACCCGAGCAGAGGAAUGAGGGGAAGGAGGAGGGAAACGGAAAAGAGGAGGUAAAUGAAGAGGAAGGGGAAAACGGCGAGUGGGGAGAAGAGGAUGAGGAGGGUUUGCCAGGGACGACAAGUGGGCAUGAGUUUUGGGCUAGAAGCAUGCCUGUUAGCACUGGUGGUGGAGGUGGAGGUGGUGGUGGGGAUGGUGAUGGUGAUGGGGAUGGUGAUGGUGAUGGUGAUGGGGAUGGUGUUGGGGAUGGGGAUGGGGAUGGGGAUUGUGGUGGUGGUGAUGAUGGUGACGGGGAUUUGGAUGGGAAUGGGGAUGGUGACAGGGAUAAUGGAGUGGAAUCAUUAGGCAGAGGUGAGUUGCGGCAGGGUGUUGGGGGGAGGGCAUUGGAGCACAGCGAAACUUCUCCCACUGACACAGCUGUGGGCAGUGAUUCAAGGGAGAUGGGCGUGGGUGUGCUGGUACCCCAGGCGCAACAAGGUGCUCGUGGUGCUGCCGGUGGGGUCACUAAGGCUCACAGACGCACUGCUGCUGCUGGCGCCACUGAUUCUGACACGCAUGAAGGGGAACCGGUGCUCGGAAAGAGGGGUUUGGGAAGAGAGGGUUUGCGAGGUGGAGAGCCUAGCGCGCCUUUGGAGGCGCUUCCAUUGGCGAGAGACAAGGAGGGGGGCGAGCAGUGGCAGCAGGAGGCGGAGCAGGAGCAGGGAAGAGUGAGUGCGCUUGCCGUCCCACAUAGAAAUGGCGUCUCAGAUUCUGUUGGCAGGGGCGCCGGCCUUGCUGCCAGGCGUGGUGGUGAGAGUGGCAGCACAGAUGCUCGUGCUGCGAUGCUCGUGGGGGCUGCGCCCGCAGGGCAGGACAGGCCAGCAGGGCAGGACAGGCCAGCAGGGCAGGACAGGCCAGCAGGGCAGGACAGGCCAGCAGGGCAGGACAGGCCAGCAGGCCAGCUCGUGGGGUGUUGGGCGAGGAAGGGGUGA